UUCACAACUAUGCAAAAUAGACUUAAGUCAAAGUGUGCUUGCAUGUGUAUGUGCAUUUGAGUGUGUGUGUGUCAUAGACCUUUCCUGCUCCUUAAGGAAAGCUUUCUACUCACCAAAUAUUUUCCAAGUCCUGAUAAUUUUUAGUUCUUGAAGAAGUGGCUUAAAACUCCAUUUUCCCAGUCUUCCAGAAGCAUUAGCACCUUCUAAAGUACUUUGCUUGUGAAUCGUACUGAUUUGGUAAAUCUAGUUAGCCCCUUUGAGUGUUUCUGAUGUCCCUGUCAUUGUGGUAUUCUGCAUAUAAAGAUUUAAGGUAGAUCUAACAUUAUCCGAGGGUACCUCAACUGUCAGCUCUUCCAUGCUUCAUUUGCUUUUUACUCUUUUCUUUUCUUUUUUUUCUCUUCAUGCUAAUCAUUAUCUGGCCAUGAGAAAGGAUGUCGGCUCACCUUUGGGGGAAGGCUUUUGCGAAAAGCACACGUCUCAUGGAGAAGGACGUCAAGAAGUUUCCUCUCGAACUGGGCGCUCUGGAGCUCGUUGUAGAAAUUCUAUAGCAUCCUGUGCAGAUGAGCAACCCCAUAUUGGAAAUUACAGACUACUUAAAACUAUUGGAAAGGGGAAUUUUGCAAAAGUAAAACUGGCAAGACACAUUCUUACUGGCAGAGAGGUUGCAAUAAAAAUAAUUGACAAAACACAGUUAAACCCAACUAGUCUACAAAAGCUUUUCAGAGAAGUAAGAAUAAUGAAGAUUUUAAAUCAUCCAAAUAUAGUGAAGUUAUUUGAAGUUAUUGAAACCGAAAAAACUCUUUACUUAAUCAUGGAGUAUGCAAGCGGCGGUGAAGUAUUUGACUAUCUCGUUGCACAUGGUAGAAUGAAGGAAAAGGAAGCAAGGGCUAAAUUUAGGCAGAUAGUAUCUGCAGUGCAGUACUGCCACCAAAAGCAUAUUGUUCAUAGAGAUCUCAAGGCUGAAAAUCUCUUGCUAGAUGCAGAUAUGAACAUUAAAAUAGCAGACUUUGGUUUUAGCAAUGAGUUUACAGUUGGAAAUAAACUGGACACAUUUUGUGGCAGCCCACCAUAUGCUGCUCCAGAGCUCUUCCAAGGAAAGAAAUAUGAUGGACCUGAAGUAGAUGUUUGGAGUCUGGGUGUUAUUCUUUAUACACUUGUGAGUGGAUCUCUUCCUUUUGAUGGGCAGAACCUAAAGGAACUGCGAGAGAGAGUACUAAGAGGAAAAUACAGGAUUCCUUUCUACAUGUCAACAGACUGUGAAAACCUCCUCAAACGUUUCCUGGUGCUAAACCCAACUAAAAGAGGCACACUAGAGCAAAUUAUGAAGGACAGAUGGAUCAAUGCAGGACAUGAGGAGGAUGAGCUUAAACCUUUUGUUGAACCAGAAUUGGAUAUCUCAGACCAGAAAAGAAUAGAUAUUAUGGUUGGAAUGGGAUAUUCUCAAGAAGAAAUUCAAGAAUCCCUUAGUAAAAUGAAGUAUGAUGAAAUCACAGCUACGUACUUAUUGUUAGGGAGGAAAUCAUCAGAGUUGGAUGCUAGUGAUUCAAGCUCCAGCAGCAAUCUUUCACUCGCUAAAGUUAGGCCAAGUAGUGAUCUCAACAAUAGCACUGGACAAUCUCCUCACCACAAAGUGCAGAGAAGCAUAUCUUCCAGCCAAAAACAGCGACGGUACAGUGAUCAUGCUGGACCAUCCAUUCCUCCAGUAGUGGCAUAUCCAAAACGAAGCCAAACUAGCACUACAGACAGUGACCUCAAAGAAGAAGGAAUUCAGUCAAGGAAAUCUAGCAGCAGUGCUAUUGGAGGAAGAGGAAUUGCUCCAGCUAGCCCCAUGCUGGGAAAUGCCAGCAAUCCAAAUAAGGCUGAUAUUCCUGAACGUAAGAAAAGUUCUGCUGUCCCCAGUAAUAAUACUGCACCUGGAGCAAUGACACGGCGUAAUACGUAUGUUUGUAGCGAAAGAACCACUGCUGAUAGACAUUCAGUAAUCCAAAAUGGCAAGGAGAACAGCACUAUUCCUGAUCAAAGAACUCCAGUUGCUUCAACUCACAGCAUCAGCAGCGCAACUACACCUGAUCGCAUUCGUUUCCCCAGAGGAACUGCCAGUCGAAGCACUUUCCAUGGCCAGCUCAGAGAACGACGCACUGCUACUUAUAAUGGACCACCUGCCUCGCCCAGUCUAUCACAUGAAGCAACACCACUUUCACAGACUCGAACCAGGGGCUCCACUAAUCUAUUUAGUAAAUUAACUUCAAAGCUCACAAGAAGAAACAUGUCAUUCAGGUUUAUCAAAAGGCUCCCAACUGAAUAUGAGAGGAACGGGAGAUAUGAGGGCUCAAGUCGCAACGUAGCUGUGGAUCAGAAGGAUGAAAACAAGGAAGCUAAGCCCCGUUCCCUGCGGUUUACUUGGAGCAUGAAAACCACCAGUUCUAUGGAUCCUAAUGACAUGAUGAGGGAGAUUCGGAAGGUCUUGGAUGCCAAUAACUGUGACUAUGAACAAAGAGAGCGUUUCUUGCUUUUCUGUGUCCAUGGAGAUGGGCACGCAGAAAACCUUGUACAAUGGGAGAUGGAGGUGUGCAAACUGCCAAGACUGUCACUGAAUGGAGUUCGCUUUAAGCGAAUAUCGGGAACAUCCAUAGCUUUUAAAAACAUUGCUUCCAAAAUUGCCAAUGAAUUAAAGCUGUAAUAAGAAAAAGAAUUAAGUUGUAAAUUGAGUAUCAAUUGCAAGUUUUUUUGAGAACACCGAUGGAAAUGUAUAGAAUAACAUUUAGGCAAUAACUUCUGCAUCUUCUGAAUCAUGAUAUUAAAAAAAAUUGAAACAAGCUGCUGAGCUGGGAGGGAGAGUUGGACUUUUUUUUUUAUAAGUGCACUACAGCAUUAAAGUUGCCUACUAUGUAAAAUAUUACCCCUUCUGCUUUAUUUCCAUUGCUCUGUCUUUGAUGACAAACUGAAAAACACAAUAUACCCAUUUAAAUAUGCCUCCUGUUUGUGUGGAUGUGUGAAUGUACAGUAUGUAUGUAUAAUAUAUAAAGUAUUAUAUGUAAACAAUUCGUCUACAACAUCUGAGCUGUACCAGUACCUCUUCUGGGGCUAAUUUUGGUGCUAAAAAUUGAAAUGGCCAAGGAGGAAACACUUGAGUUAAUAUUUAAAACCAUUGAAUAGUUAACCAGUAAAAUGCAGGUUUACAGUUCACUGCUGUGUUAAGAAGAAAAGUGUGAAGGGUUUGGAUUUACGGUUGUGAACAUUAUUCCUGGGUUUUUUAAGUAGAUCUCAUAAGAAUUAAAAAUUCACUUUUAUUCAGUAAGUCUUGCAUUAUAUUUUGCCCACCUAUUUAUUAUUUAAGCCUGAAGCAAAUUAAAAACUGUAGUUGAUUUGUGUAUUAUAUCCUGGGUAAAUGUUUCCAUUUUUCUGUUCAUGCUAAAUGACUAAAGAUUAAUCUUCUUCUGUUCUUUCUGGCUUAUUACUGUGGAUUACUGUUCAGAACACUCAGUUACUUAAUUUCUACCAUUGUCCUACAGAAUGUAAAUAAUACAGCUUAGUGGAACUUAACUUUUAAUGUCUUGUCUCGAGAUAAAUGAGUUAAAUGAGACUUGCUGAAAAUCAGCUAGUGGAAACUUCAGACCAAGUGCCUGCAGUACAGUGUAGCCCAGUUUCAUUAGAAGGACAAAGGGACUCCAUAAAUGACAGUGUUCUGGUGAGAAUUGCCACAGGUCUUGAAUGCUAGUGUUCUUUACACCUGCACAAGUGAUGGUCUUUUCCUUUUGGGUUCUGAGCAUUCACUCUGUUAGAAGUCCAGAAGUGGAAAUCUAAUAACUACUGAUCAUUUGCCAUAAUUUAAUAAUAACAUGCCUGAUUAACUGCACCAAUGACAGUGGACAGCACAGGUAGUGCCCGUUCAGGCUUUCCCUGCCGACUCCUUUCCAAUGUGCUUCAACCUAUUUGUGGACGUGUUGCUUCUGUCACUGAGAAGAUAGAACUGGCAUGGAGUGCGACUGAUCUUAGGCCUGUGCUAAAAUUACUGAAGAGGAGGGAGGAAGGAAGACAGUUGUGGGACUUUUUUUUGUUAAGCACCCAGAGUAGAAACUUACUGUAUAUGACCUCUGGCCAAAUCAUUUCCUGUAGGCCACAAAACUGCCAUCUGAUGGUUCCAUUCUGUCGUUACUGCCCUGGGCUGCAUUUGGUCUGUGACUUGGAAGCAAGAGAUGCCCCUCACCCAUCCAGUCUACCUCCUGGGGUUUAUUUUUUUUCUUUUCAUGAAACUCAGUUGAUUUUUUUUUUCUUUAGGGAACUGUGUGGGCAAUGCCCUGCUUUAUCUACUUAAUGUGUAUAAAUUACGGCUUCUGGUUGCAUUCCAAGUGAAGCACCAAAGAUGUACUUACUAUGAUGUUCAUUUUAGUGUACACGAUUUAGGUUUGAUCCAAGCUCAAAACGCAGAAUCCUUAAUAUUUUGCUUUACAUAUUGUGGUCCAUACUCUGUAAAGGCAGCAGGCUUCCCCUCUUUCUCUUCCGUAAGCAUUGUUAUUAUGAUAAAGAAUAAUCAUGAUUGUUAAUGUAGUAAAUUAUUCCUGAAAUCAAACUUUUUUUUUAUUCUAUGUAUAUUAUGCACCAUGAAAUGUCUUUAGAGCUUAAAGUGAAGUUGGAGCGUGAUUGGCUGUCAGUGCUGUAUCCAUGCUUAUGCUGCUCAGUAGGAUUUUUCCAUGGAAACUCCAUUUUGUAAUAGCAAUAAGACAUUUCAGGGCAGUUGUAGUUCUCAGGUGGGUAUUCACCUACCCUCUUCCUUCCUACAUUAGUCACUAUAUAAGAUGUGGGGUUUUCCACACAGGAGUGAGUGCACUUUGUUGUCAUCACUUUAAACACUGUUCUAAUUUAUAACAUUUACUGAUGUAAAUCUGUAUUCAAUGGACGUUCCAAAAGGUUUCAUAUUAAAUGUCUUCUGCAAUACUUUAUUCCUAUUUUACCUGUUAAGUAUAUACGUGUUUCUAAAAAGUGCACUGGUAUCUUAAGUUUAAAUAUUUUUUUAAAGU